CUUGUCAUCGGAACUGUACCAAGAAAAGCAUAAGAAGAUGAAGAAAAAAACACCACCCACCCACCCACCCCUUGUCUUUCGGAUCUCCCACAAUAGAAUAGAGAAAAGAAGUAGCUACUUUUCCCAAAGGUAUCUCUCUUCUCACCCUCCACAAACUCUGCUGAAACUUCUCCUUCCACUCAAUGUACGUGUUCCCAUUCCCCGCUACUCUUAGUUUUUAACAUACCCCACCAUCUAACCCAUGCAUGCACUAAAAAACAAAGCUAAGCCUAGAAAAUGGGAAUCGGAGGACGGUCUUCACGGCCCCCCGGCAAGCGGAGCUCAUCCUCUCCCUCUUCCUACACCUCCACCGUCACGACCAUCGCCUUCAUCGCAUUAUGCGUCCUCGGCGCAUGGAUGCUCACUUCCACCUCCGUGGGGCCUCCACAGACCACCAACCUCCUCGCAAGCAAGGGAGCCACCGUCGUCGUCGAAUCCGAUACUACUGUGGCCGAUCAACAACCCCAAAAUGGGAAGAAGCAGUCGUCUGUAUUUGAGGACAACCCGGGAGACCUCCCCGCCGAUGCCAUAAAAAAUGAUGAGAGCGGAAAGGGAUCUAGCAGCGAGGAGAGGGAUAAACACACUCAGAUUUCGGAGGAGAGCACGAUGACGACCGCACAAACUGUCAAUCAACAACUCAUUUCCCAAGAAACGACACAGAAUAACAAUAAUAAAGAAGCUGCAGUGGAAGCACAUAUGGCCGAGGAGAAGGCAGUCGAGGCUGAGAAGGUGGCGAAUUCGGAGGAGCCUCAGACCAUCAUAGCGUCAGCAGAAGAAGCUGUUACUGCUGCUGCUGCUGUUAUUCCAGAUCAUAAAAAUCAGGGGAGUGCACAAGGCAAUCCAGCAGCAGAAGAAGCGAAAGUGCUUGAGGAGAAUAAGGUGACGGAGGAAGAUCAAGCGCAGAGGAUGCAACAGCAACAACAACAAAUGCAAGAUGCUCAGAAGGUAGAAACGACGCCGCACCACCACCAACAACAACAACAGGAGGAGGAGGUUGGGAAUAAGCCGCCGGAGAUGAUUGCAGCAAUGCACAACGAGGUCCAAUUGCAGGAGGUGAGCAAUAAUAAUAAUAAAGUGCUAGAGGUGGAGAAGAACAAGGUAGAGGUAGAGAAUCGUCAAAAGUCCAAGGAGGUGUCGUCGGGAAUACCCAAGGAGUCGAAAGAGUCAUGGUCAACGCAGGCGAGCGAGUCGGAGAACCAGAAGGAGAGGCGAAAGACAGCGACAAUUGGCAGCUCUAGGCAUUGCCCCAAGGAACCCCCAACUUGCUUGGUUCCUCUUCCGGAUGGGUAUAACAAGCCUAUCCCUUGGCCAACUAGCAGAGACAAGAUAUGGUACCACAAUGUGCCUCACACGAAAUUGGCGCAAGUUAAGGGACAUCAAAACUGGGUUAAGGUGACCGGCGAGUUCUUGACAUUCCCCGGCGGUGGAACUCAAUUCAUCCAUGGUGCCCUCCAUUACAUAGAUUUCCUGCAACGGGCAGUGCCAAAGAUAGGGUGGGGGAAACGCACGAGGGUGAUUUUGGAUGUUGGUUGCGGAGUUGCCAGCUUCGGUGGGUACAUCUUCGAGAGAGAUGUUCUUACAAUGUCGUUUGCGCCCAAGGAUGAACACGAAGCUCAGGUUCAGUUCGCAUUGGAGAGAGGCAUUCCAGCAAUAUCUGCCGUGAUGGGAUCUAAACGUCUACCCUUCCCAAGUGCCGUUUUCGAUCUCAUUCACUGCGCAAGAUGCAGGGUACCUUGGCAUAAUGAAGGUGGAUUGUUGCUUCUCGAAUUAAACCGCCUUCUGCGCCCUGGAGGCUACUUUGUCUGGUCAGCAACUCCUGUAUACCAAAAGCUGAAGGAGGAUGUCGAGAUAUGGCAAGCAAUGUCGGCGUUAACAGUCUCCAUGUGCUGGGAUCUUGUGACAAUCAAGAGAGACAAACUCAACAAGAUCAGAGCUGCAAUAUAUCGCAAGCCCACCACCAACGAUUGCUAUGACCAGAGGAAAAAUAAUGUUCCUCCAAUGUGUCCAAAUGACGAUGAUCCAAACGCUGCAUGGUCCGUACCAUUGCAGGCAUGCAUGCAUAGAGUGCCUUCAGAGCCAAGCAUUCGAGGCACUCGAUGGCCAGAUGACUGGCCGCACAGGUUGCAGAAACCACCUUACUGGCUGAACAGCAGCCAAAUGGGGAUCUACGGCAAACCAGCACCUCAGGACUUCACAGCAGAUUAUCAGCACUGGAAAACCGUGGUCACUGUUUCCUACAUGAAAGGACUAGGGAUCAAUUGGGAUGGCGUGAGAAAUGUAAUGGAUAUGAGAGCUGUGUAUGGCGGGUAAGUAGGUAAACGAUCAAUUAAAAAUCAGAUAACAAAGUGUAUGUCGUUAUUAACAUCCGCAAAUGAUACUGAGCUCUUUGAAUGGGAUCCAUCUCUCGGUUGGCUUGUAGCUUCGCAGCAGCUCUCAAGGAUAUGAAAGUUUGGGUGGUGAACGUGGUUAAUGUGGAUUCUCCAGACACACUUCCCAUCAUAUUUGAGAGAGGGCUGUUCGGAAUCUACCAUGACUGGUGUGAAUCCUUCAGCACUUACCCUAGGACCUACGAUCUCAUCCAUGCUGAUCAUCUCCUCUCAAAGUUGAAAACCAGGUUAAACAGUUUUUGCAUUUUUUUUCUCUCUCAAACAAUUAACGGACAGAAAAAAAGAAGAAUCCUGAAACUUGAUACAUGACUGACUGAAUACAAGUUUUUUUUUGCUGCCAUGUGCAAAUUGGUACCUGUACUAGCAGAAGUUGACAGAGUGUUGAGACCAGGAGGUGUUUUCAUCGUUAGGGAUGAAUCGAGCACAAUAGGGGAAGUGGAGAACAUACUCAAGUCUCUGCAUUGGGAGCUUCAUCUUACCAACGCCAAUGACAAACAAGUCCUUCUCAGUGCACAGAAAGGCAACUGGCGGCCAGAGACCUUUGCACUUUCGUCAUAACCAGCACAAUUUGGAUGGUGGACAAAGAUAAAAGCCAGCCAGCCAGCCAGCCUGCAAGUUUUUGGCACUGGAACACGAAAUGGUCAUACUAGAACGCGGCUAUAGGUAAGAUUUAGGGGUAGUUUACAGUAGUACAAAAUUUCAACAACCACAACUUGUUUCGGAGCAUGCUCUACAGAAAUCAUAGAUACAAGUUACCAGGUCCAGCUCAUUCAACAAGAUCAUUUAAUUGUACGUAGAUAUGUGCACCAGAAAGUUUUAGGAACAAAUUAAAGCAAAACAG